ACAAUAAACGAAAUUUAUUAAAUUGUAAAAAAAAAGAAAAGAAGAAAUUAACAAGAUCAAUGAUAGAUCGUUAGAUACUGUACUACUGAUUGUACUAUUUCGUACUUGUUAUGUUUAACGUUGACAAUCUAAUCGGAUUCAUAAAGAUAAAAUCAAACUUUUACUGCGAAACGAUAUCAGAUCAACAUAACCGUUUUACCUUCUUUUUUUUUUCUAUCCGCUAACGGCGUGUAUCGUUAUCAUAGUGCAGAUAAGUCACAUUGAGAUUCUAGUCGAUUAAGUCGUAUCACCUUCGUAUUCGUCAUCUGUUGGAAGAAUUAAAAAUAUAUGCCGGCGAGCAUGAACCUUUGAGAUUUUUCUCGAGAAAGAGAAACAUAAAUAAACUUUCGUGUUUUUUUCGUAUCGUAAUUAUAUUUUUUAUCGCGAAAAUGAGAAAUCUGUUGAAAUCGUUGUUAUUUCUGAUUUUCCUUUGUCGCGAGUGGAGAGAGAUCGAGAACGUGAAAACGAAGAUACUAAGAUUGUGCAUAUCUCAAAACACAUGCGAGAAUUGUCUGCAGGCCAGUUCCUCUUGUGCUUGGUGCAGCGAUUGGUUUUACUCAAACUCAACGAUUGGAAGACCACGAUGCAACGUACCAGAGAGAUUGAAGGAAUUCGGUUGUUCGCCAGAAAAGAUCCAUACAACUCCACUCGAAUCAAUGACUUUACUUGAGGACUCGGAUUUUCAAGACAUGGAAGCUGACCGUACACCGAUACAGUUACGCCCCCAAAGAGUAAACAUUAGAAUUCCGCCAUAUUCCAAGAUGACGAUCCCAAUUCGUUAUCGACUGGCCAAAAAUUAUCCACUAGACUUGUAUUACCUUAUGGACUUGACGUGGUCUAUGAAGGAUGAUAAAGAGACUCUGGUCAGUUUGGGAGGAGAUAUGAGUCGAAGAAUUGGCAAAUUUACCAAUAAAUAUCGUCUAGGUUUUGGUAGCUACGCCGAUAAACCUGUGAUGCCGUACAUUCUUCCAGGACACGAGAAAAAUCCUUGCGUGGGCGAGCACGCUAUUUGCUCUCCUAUUUAUUCGUAUUGGCAUCAUUUAAGGUUAACCGACGACAUUCAACAAUUCAUCACCAAAGUAAAUAAUAGCUUGGUGACAGGGAACGCAGACAAUUUGGAAGGAGCAUUGGAUGGAAUCGUACAAACGAUCGUUUGCACUAAACAAGUUGGUUGGGAACAUCAGGCACGAAAAAUUAUUCUGGUUGUCACGGAUGGACAUUUACAUUUCGCUGGUGAUGGAAAGCUAGGCGGUAUUGUAAAACGCCAGGAUUUCGAGUGUCAUCUCGACGAACAUCAACAGUACUUUUUAGCCUCAAAAUUUGAUUAUGCCUCAUUGGCAGAAUUGUCAAGGUUGUUACAAGAGCACAAAAUUAAUUUGAUAUUUGCUGUGACGAGAGAUUUGCUCGAUGAAUACGAAGAGACUGUCAAGUUAUUGAGGGAAAAGGCGAGGGUGGCAAUCUUGACAAGUGACAGUUCGAACAUUUUGGAUAUCAUUGAGAGCUCAUAUCACCAAAUUACAUCCAAAGUGAUUUUAAAAGAUAAUUCAUCGAACCCAUUGAAAAUGAAAUAUUUUUCAAAUUGCGGCAAGGGAAAUGUUUCGGAAUGGAACAUUGCCGAAUGCGAUGGUAUAGAGAACGGGAAGGUAUACGAUUUCCAGGUUGUUCUGUCUUUCGAUGAAUGUCCAAAAGAUGAGAAUCUAUGGAAACAAACAGUUGUAAUCGAGGAUGCAUUAGCUUCUGAAGCAUCAAAAAUAAUAAUUGACAUUGAACUUUUUUGCGGUUGCAAUUAUUGUAAAAAUACUGAAAAUUCUUAUUGCCAACACGGAACGAACGAAUGCGGCUUAUGCGAAUGUGACGUUGGUUGGUCCGGCGAAAUAUGCGAUUGUGACGAGACUUCAUCGGUGAAUAAUAUACAACAAUGCAUUGAACGUGAUUCGACCAAAAUAUGUCAUGAGAGGGGGGAAUGCGUUUGUGGAAAAUGCCUCUGCGAUGAAGGAUACAAAGGAAAAUUUUGCGAAUGUUCUGUAUGCGAUAAGAUAGAUGGAAUCGAAUGCUCGAAUAAGGGCACUUGCCAGUGUGGUAUUUGCCAAUGCAUAGACGGUUGGAAAGGAAACGCUUGUCAAUGUCCAUCAACCGACGAUCCUUGUAUCGCGCCGGGAAGUCAAGAAGUUUGCUUCGGUAACGGAUACUGCGAUUGCGGAGAAUGUCGAUGUAAUGCCACCGCUACAGAUACAUUCAAAUAUCGGGGUACUUACUGCGAGUCAUCGAUAAGCAGCGGUGGCAGUGGCCUCUGCGUUCUUUACGAUGCAUGCGUAAAUGCCACGGUUGAAAAUCCAGAUAAAGCAGACGAAUUUUGUCGGGCGAAUAACAUCACUUAUAAUAUUGAAAGAGUAAAAUCUGUCGAUAAAGGAAAUGAACAUUAUUGUUUCGUGAAAUCGGUGAAAGAAAAAACGACUUGUUCUAUAAGUUACAUAUAUGAAUUUAAAAAAAAUAACAUAGUUAUUUUGAAAAUUGAAAAUAAGCUAUGCAAUACUUCGAAUACAGCAGUUAUUGGAUCUGUAAUUACUAUUGCAACAUUAUGUUUCGGAUUUAUUUUGCUACUAAUUUGGAAAUUUUGGAUUUCUAUAAAAGAUAAAAAAGAAUAUGAGAAGUUUAAAAUAGAGCAAGAAAAAUAUACUAGAUUGUAUCAAAAUCCUUUAUUUAAACCUGCCACGAGUUAUUAUCAAGUUCCAUCAAGAUUGAAAGAAAACUAAAAGUGUAAACACAUUCUCGAUUAAUUUGAUUCAUUUUGAUCUAAAGAAUUACUGGAAUAAGUGGCACUUUGAUCAGAUAUGUCAGUCCAAAAAUGAUUUCCAGCGAAAAACGUAAUGGACUGCAACAUAUGAAUUUUUUUAAUUUAAAUAUGAAUUAUUAAUAUUUUUUUUAUUUUUUAUCAUUAAAUAUCGAUAUGCUUAAUUUAAUAAUCAACAAAUUUUUUUACAUCUGUUGAUAAGUCUUCGACUAUCCAUGCGAAUCCAAGAGGUUCUCUGUAAAUAAUAUUCAUAGAUGGUAUGUUAUCAUGCCAUAUGGCUUUAAUGGAGGAUUUAUCGGGAAAUAUGUACGUUCCUAGACCAUUCAUUAUUCCAUUUGAAUCAAUUUUACCUUGAUAUUGAGCAUCGUUGUUAUAUCUUAAAUAACAAAUUUUACAUCAUUUUAAUUAUUUUUAUAGAUAAUCAUUAAAUAAAUUUUAUUACUUAAUAUGAAUAUCAGCA